UUGCAUGUGAAGAAUGUGGAAUAUCCUGAAAACAACAAUGCUGAGUUAUUUUCAAAAAGGAUAAGUGGCACAGUGAAAUAAUUACCGGCAAGGGCUGGGGGUCUGUCUCCUCCUACGCAUCGAUGAGGAGGGAGAGGUCUCGCUCAUAAAUACUGACUUCAAGACAGCAAAGGGAACUGUAUCUUCACAGGACAUCCCUCCAGACCCUGAACCAGCCUUCAUAAUCACAGGCACAAUGGCAGAUGCAAGCUUUCAGCAGGAGUUCCUGGAAACCCACAAUGCCUACAGGCUGAAGCACAACACGCCAAAGAUGACCCUUAGCAGCGAGCUGUCUGCUUCAGCUCAGAAAUGGGCCAAUCACCUGCUGGCAAUCGGCGCCCUGCAACACAGUGACACUCAGGACGGAGAGAACGUCUACAAUAUGUGGAGCUCAGCAACCCUUAAACUGACAGGGAAAGAAGCUGUAGAUUCGUGGUACAGUGAGAUCAAGGAUUACAACUGGAGCCGCCCUGGAUUCAGCAGCAAUACUGGUCAUUUUACUCAGGUGGUGUGGAAAGACAGCAAAGAACUGGGCGUGGGCAUGGCCACUGAUGGUCACAAGGUCUUUGUGGUUGGGCAGUACCGGCCAGCUGGCAACAUGAACAUGGCAGGAUACUUUGAGAAAAAUGUCCUCCCAAAAGCGUAAAAGACAGCUGGCAGAGAGGUGGGUGGAGCAGACAACACUUCCAGUGAGGAAGGUGCAGUGAGCCCAAGGAAAACUUCUGCUGUAGAUCCUUGACCAUUACUGUGACCCCCAACACACUGUUGCUAAAUGUUCCAUGUUAAACUGAAUUGUAUUGUUGUAAUCAUGAUUAACUAAACAUUACUUCUUCAUGUGGUGGCCCUUUAAAUAAAGUCCUGACCUGCUCCAUCUUUAACAUUUUUAAUAUGCCACAAUCUUUGUGACACCACAAAUUAAAAAAAUGUCAAGACAAUUCUUGUGUUCAGACACUUAGAAUUUAGUAAAAAGUAAAAUUCAUAAAUAUACUGCUUGGCUGAGCAUUGUUCUUAGACAUUACUGUUUAAGUGCCUUAUGCUGUUGUGAAUAAAGCCACUAUAAAAAUGCA